AUGGUGUUUCCGUUCGAUUUUGUCAAGGAAAUCCUUUGCAAUCUGUCGGUGAAAUAUCCGAAGCGAUUCCACGAUGUCGCACCGACUUGGGGUACUUUAAUUGGAAGUGGGAUUUUCAUUAGGAAGCAUCUAUGCCAAGCGCAUCAGCGAUCUCUGUUCGUCGGCGGCAAUGGCAUAUUUUACAAGUUCCAGUUUGAGGCGCUCGACGAGACUCCCGGCAUCUUUCCGGCUGCAUAUUACGAAAGCGUCGACGGGGUCUCGAAUUCUUGCAAUGGAGUUAUGAUUGUGCAGUCCAAUCCACCGGCCACCUUGUUUGUGGAACCCUUUCACGCAAUGUACCGGAGGUUGCCCGAUAUACUGGAAGAUCAUCCGGACCAUGGGCGAGUUAGAUAUUCAUUUGGUUUCGGAUAUGGUUUAAAAAAUGACAAUUACCAGGUUGUUAGAAUCAAACGUUCAACCGAGUAUGUUUAUAGUCUAAAGUUAAAUACAUGGACUAAAAUUCUGAAAUUCCAUUAUCCAGUUCCGGGGAAUUCGCGUGAGCACGUUAAUGGUACUUUGCAUACUCUGGAUAUGAAAUCUGAUGGAACAUGGGAAUAUGAAUUGGAUCCCUGCGCGGGAGUGAUAAUGGCUUUUAAUUUGAGUACAUUAUCUGAGUGUGAGAUAAUGUUUCCGCUCUCAAUUCAAAUAAAAGGUUUCGGUAUUAGAUUAGUUGUUCUUGAUGGCUGUAUGUGUCUAGUUUGCCACAAUCAUGACAAGGUUGUGGUGUGA